CCUCAAGCUAGUUGUAGCAGUAAACAGUGCAACGGUGUUCAUUCUUAAGGAACCGAAACGUCCUUCAACUUUGUCACAGAUUUCGCUCUUAGAUAUGACACGAAAGAAGACACGCGGUCAGAAAGAUGCAGGUUGUUAGCCGGACGUUUACGCCUGUUUGCGCCUGUACUCCAGUCAUGGUGGGGUUUUUCCAAAGAACAUUGAGGCUGAGGACGGCUCUCAGACAUCUGAGCCCCCACAGCACCGUCUCAUCCGCAGCCACAGCCGGACGUUCUCCUGUGGACCUUCGCGGUUCAUUCCUUCCCGCCGCCUCAUGGCAGGUCGGAGUCUGCUGUCGAACGCUGCACUCGGGGUCAGACGGGUCCAGGCCGUCCCCUGCUGCAGCCCCAGACAGGCUGCCCUUCUCCAGGAUAACUGGGGAAGAUUUAGCCUUCUUCAGGAAGAUCCUACCGGGCAGAGCCAUCACUGACCCCGACCUGCUGGAGUCCUGCAAUGUGGAUUGGCUGAAGUCAGUGAGAGGUUCCAGUGAUGUGUUACUGCGACCUCAAACAACAGAGGAAGUGUCUCAAAUUCUAAAGUACUGUAACGGUCGUAAUCUGGCGGUCAACCCUCAAGGAGGUAACACCGGGCUGGUUGGAGGCAGCGUGCCUGUUUAUGAUGAGGUCAUCCUCUCCACUGCCCUCAUGAACAACAUCCUUACCUUUGAUAGUAUCUCUGGCAUUCUGACCUGUCAGGCAGGUUGUGUCUUGGAGAACUUGUCCACUUACCUUGAGGACAGAGACUACAUCAUGCCACUUGAUCUGGGGGCAAAGGGUAGUUGCCACAUUGGGGGAAACGUGGCAACAAAUGCGGGGGGACUCCGGCUGCUGCGAUACGGUUCCUUACACGGGACUGUGCUCGGCCUGGAGGUGGUGUUGGCAGAUGGGCGAGUGCUGGAUUGCUUGGCCACACUGCGUAAAGAUAACACAGGAUAUGACCUCAAACAGCUCUUUAUAGGGUCAGAGGGAACACUGGGGGUCAUCGCUGCAGUGUCCAUCCUUUGUCCACGCAAACCCAAAUCUGUUAAUGUGGUUUUUCUGGGCUGUGAGACUUUUGAGCAGCUCCUGAAGACGUUUCAGCUCUCCAGAGGCAUGCUGGGAGAAAUUCUGUCAGCCUACGAAUUCCUGGACAGUGAAUGUAUGAGGCUGCUGAAUACGCACCUCAAACUACCCAAUCCCAUCUCUGAUUGUUCAUUCUACGUCGUGAUAGAAACAUCUGGAUCUGACCCAACACAUGACGGGGAAAAACUCCACAAUUUCCUAGAGGAGGCGAUGACGUCAUCAUUGGUUACCGAUGGGACCGUGGCGACUGAAGACUCAAAAAUAAAGGCACUGUGGUCGAUGCGUGAACGCGUCACAGAGGCGCUGACUCACGAUGGCUUCACUUACAAGUAUGAUAUCUCACUUCCCGUGGAGCGGAUCUACCAGCUGGUGACGGACAUGAGGGAGCACCUGGGGGACCGAGCCAAGAGUGUAGUGGGAUACGGACACGUAGGAGAUGGAAACCUGCACUUGAACAUCACCUCUCCUGUCAAAGACCCGGCUCUUCUCGCUGCCAUCGAGCCUUUCGUCUACGAGUGGACGGCCAGCUGUCACGGCAGCAUCAGUGCAGAGCACGGACUGGGCCUGAAGAAGAGGAACUACAUCUACUACAGCAAACCCAGCCAGGCUGUAGCUCUGAUGGGUAAUAUCAAGGCCAUGCUGGACCCCAAGGGUAUUCUCAACCCGUACAAGACUCUCCCAGAUAACCUGAAAUGAACCAAACUGUCUCAGUUGUGGGGUAAGUGGGGAUGUAUACAGGGCUCAUGCAGGAGCUCCAUCUGAGCUACAACCUUAUUGCCACAUGGUUUUUAUGGCAGCUCAUGCUCUUUCCUAUAAAACCUUUUUCACACAUUUAGUGUCGAGCUGCAGGUUUUUGCAGGUAGUUUCAUCGUCACGUGCACAAAGCAUUACUCUUAGAAUGACAUCCACUUUAACGAGCUGCUGACUUUGUACUGUAGCAGUGGUUAGACUGGAAUGUUAGAGUAUUAAGGUGUUGUACGUUAUAAAGUUGUGUAAAUGUACUGGCUGGCUAAUUACUGGGCAAGAGUGCAGUAACUAUUUUAUCACAUAAAGACAAAACAUUCUUUCCCAAAACAAACCCCGGCAUUUGUGAACAAAUGUAUUUGUAACCACACACCUAGGCAACAUUAAACUCUGUUUGAAAUGA